AGUUUUGGAUUGAGUUCACGAGCUCCGGUUGCAAUAUGCUCAGCCCAGUUAGUACUAUCUGAGUUUAAUAAAUCUCGAAAUGUUAUUCUAGAAAAGAAAUGUGAGUGUUGUCUAUCUUCUCCAAAUCUAAAUGAAUCUAUGCCCUCGGAACGUUCCUCAACCGCCACUGGGUUCUAGAGUGUUCGUAAGCCACUGUGCGGCCGGCCCUGGCACCGUCACGUCGCUUUACUUUCUGGCCUAAUUUCAUCAUCUCUCUCUCCUUCAUGUGAGGUUUCGUCUCUGGCGGUUAAUUUAGUUCAGAAUACCUUCUGCUUUGUGUCCGCAAUUGUUUUCUGCUGUGGAGGAGUCGCCGGCCGGAUUGGCCUUCUCAACCAUUUGUUCAGACGGUCACCAUGAGGAUCUUGGGGUGGAAUUGUCAGGGGUUAGGGCCUCCGUUGAUGGUGAAAGGGACAGAAGCAGAUUGUGGGAUGAAUGUCGUAGCUCACGCAGAAAUCUGAGCAUAACGUAGAUUAUCUUGGGAGAUUUUAAUGCAAUUUUGAGCUAUAGCGAUAGCAAGGGCAAAGGUAUUACUCAAGCCUCUUCCUUUCGUUUUUUGGAGCAAUAUGUCUUUUUGUUGCUUGCAAGAGAAGCUGGAUGUCCUUCAAUCUACUCUUGAAGAUGAGCUCGGUCUCCAAGAUGCCAGGGCAAGAAAAUCAACGGCCACCCCUAAUUUCUGCAUAGUUGGCUUAAGCUCGGUCGCCGGCUCGGGGCGGUCUUCAUCCAAAGAUUCAGUUUUCACGAGAUGGCAACGGAGGGUGGGAAAAGCUUUGCCAGGAGAGACCGUCUCCUUGAAAUUGAGGCAAAGGUUAGGACUUGGUGGGAUGAGAAGGAUGUGUUCAGGGCUGAACCUGGAGAAUCUCCUCCAGCACCUGGGGAAAAGUUCUUUGGGAACUUUCCUUUUCCUUACAUGAAUGGUUUUCUGCAUCUGGGGCAUGCAUUUUCGCUCACCAAGCUU